UGCUAGUUGUGCAGCUGGGGGAGACUUCAAGUGAGUGAACUGGAGGUAAACUGGGAGUGAUGGGGGCAACCUGGUUCUCGUGGAGAACAACUACAACUGUCAUCAUUAGUGUGCUGCAAAUCCAAGCUCUGAUCAGUGUCAAAACCACAGCUGUAACUGGUGUGGAAGGCCAGCCAUUUAACUUCAGAUGUGAGUAUCCACACACCUGGGAGAGCAGACUUAAGUACCUCUGCCUUAUUGACAACAAUGCGUCCUGCAUUCUUCUGAUAUCGACAAACAAUCACAACCAGUGGGAGAAUAAUGGACGUUUCUCUCUGUACGACAACACCGCUGAAGCCUGCUUUAUCGUCAAGGUGGACAAACUCAUCCGAGAGGACAGCGGGACAUAUUGGUGUGGGGUGGACGUUGGCCUCCAACCUGAUCAUAUCAGCGUCAUACAACUGAAGGUUUCCCAAGCAAUCCCUCAAGAAAAUCUCACACAAUACAAGAUUAACAUGCCGCUGUUCCUGACUGCAGCCAUGUGUGUGGUAGCUAUGCUGUUUGUGUGUCUGUUUACACUUGGUCUUCUGCUGGCUGUCAGACUCCGAAGAUCAGAUCCCCACCAGAACAGAGAGACAACACCUGACUAUGAGACCAUGAGGCCUGGUGUAGUAACUGAACCUGAACUCUGCUGCAGCUGUUCAGGUCCAGACUGUGAUGAUCUUUCCGUGAUAUCAUCAACACAACCUGACCUCUGCUCCCACUUCACAUCAAAGUAUCGGGAGUCCACUGUCACUUUCGGCAUCGGCGAAUAUGUCGAUGUAGACGUACCAGGACAUGCUUGCCAAUACCAGCAUCUGGAUCUCAGUCAGGUGGAGGAGCAUGUCUAUCACAGCCUUCCUGGAAACAAUUGUCCUAAACAUGGACCACAGAUUAACUGUUAACAUGACUGCUCAAGAAUAAUAUCAGAUUCCUUGCAACUUGGGUCUGAUUUUUGAAGCUUUGGCUAUUUUUUUUUAUUAGUUAUCUUAAUUUUGUACCUGCUGAGGCAGCUUUGUGAGUAAAGUGUCAUCAUCACUGAUAGGAAUGAUAGCCACAACUGCAACCAUAGGACCCAGGUUUUAAUAAACCAGCAUUAUUGUGUGUGGAUGAAAGAAAGAUGUCAUCACCUCAGUCAUCAGUAAUGUAGUGAACACUGUGUUACUGUGUUUUGCUAUUUCUGGAGGAUAAUGUGCCAUUUUAUUGCUUUAUGCUUUUAAUACUUUAUUGUCUCACUGACUGUAAUUAAUAAGAACAAGCUUAAUAAGCUUGUGAAUAUGUUUAGUAAGAUCGCAAGCAAACAGCAUCACAGUAGGACUGUGCUUUGUGAGUCUCAAGUGUUGAGGAAGGCCAGGGCAAUUAUUAUCAUAUCACACCUUUUGUGUAGUUAAUAUGAGGUGAUACCAUGAGGAGGAAAGGUAAAGGGCACUGUUGCCGACUACCUGUGGCCAGGGGUCUUUCAUACCCUCCAGUAUUAAUUUGCUAAAAAUAUCUUUUACUGUGAUAUGUGAGUAUAGGUUGUGUAUUCUUAUCUGUGUCCUGUUAAUGUGUAAUGUACUUACCUGACAACUGCCAGAUACAAAAAGAAUUUCAGUAAAUUGAAGUGAAAUUUGGAAUGGUACAAGGAAAAAAAUGAGAUACUACGGCCAUGAAUUUCAACUCAAGUUGUCAAACAUAACAAAAUCCACCAAGAAGAGCAGAAAUGUGUUAAACACUGUUACAUUUACUUUAAUGAAUAUUUCACCUAAAUAA